CUCCUCUGCAGCGCUGGCAGUACAAUGAUAUAAUAAUGAUGGGUGGCUGAGCCUCGCAUUUGAACUUGCAGGCGAGCUCCGUGCAACUCGGCGCAGCUCGGAGGCAGGUGUUCGGGGAGCAGGGGGCACCCCGGAGCCGGCCACCUCCUUCCAGCUCCACCACCACCAAGGGGAUUUUUUUUUUUUUUUAACUCGUUCAUGCGGCCACUGGGAUCUCUGGACUAGCCGAGCCGCCACGCCGUGAUUUUUUUGCAAUCUCUGCAAUACGCUACCUUUUAAGACGAUCGUUUGUCCGGCGGUACCUGGAGAGGGACAAAGAGUUGAACCGCAAACCUUGAGCGGGAGAGAAUAGCGGUGAUUGGCGAAUUUAAACAACCUGGGGUCAAGAUGUUGUUAAAUAUAAAAAGUAUCAUAUGGAUGUGCUCCACGUUAGUUAUAACAUAUAUGCUACCUAAAGUUAAAGCAGAAAAAAAAACCCUGGUGAAGGGAUCCCUGUCUGGAACUUCAGUCCUGCCAUGCUUCUUUUCAACCACACCCACUAUAGCCUCCAGCUAUGCAGCUGAAUAUCUUCGAAUUAAAUGGUCAAAGGUUGAACUGGAUAAAAGUGGAAAAGAUGCAAAAGAAACCACGGUCCUGGUGGCCCAGAAUGGGAACAUCAAAAUAGGCCAAAACUACAAAGACAGGGUGUCUGUUCCAACCCAUUCAGAGGAGACUGGUGAUGCUUCGCUGACUUUCUCUAAGCUGCGUGCAAGUGAUGCAGGGGUGUAUCGCUGUGAUGUGAUGUAUGGAGUUGAGGACACACAAGGCAUUGUAUCAUUGGCCGUUGACGGUGUUGUAUUUCACUAUCGUGCAGCAACCAGCAGGUACACUCUGAAUUUUACACAAGCUCAGCAGACUUGUCUGGACAAUGGUGCUGUCAUAGCAAGCCCAGAGCAACUGAAAGCAGCCUAUGAAGAUGGAUUUGAACAAUGCGAUGCUGGCUGGUUGUCUGACCAGACUGUUAGGUAUCCAAUUAGACAUCCAAGAAUUGGCUGUUUUGGAGAUAAAAUGGGAAAAAAAGGAGUCAGAACAUAUGGGCGUCGUUUUCCUAAUGAAACUUAUGAUGUGUAUUGCUAUGUGGAACACAUGAAAGAUGAAGUGGUUCAUGUUUCCGUUCCUGAGAAGCUCACCUUUGAGGAAGCUAAAGAGUUGUGUCGGAAACGAGAUGGUGUCCUUGCUUCUGUUGGAAACCUGUAUGUUGCCUGGAGGAAUGGCUUUGACCAGUGUGAUUACGGCUGGCUGGCGGAUGGAAGUGUUCGUUACCCUGCCUCGGUGGCUAGGCCCCAGUGUGGUGGAGGUUUACUUGGGGUGAGAACCCUGUAUCGCUAUGAGAACCAAACAGGCUUUCCUUACCCAGAUAGCAAGUUUGAUGCCUACUGCUAUGAACGUAAAAAAAUCGUAACAGAGCCUACAACCAUUAAGCAGGUCACAGCUCUGAAAACUGACAGUGAGAAACCAUCAUCUGCUAAAGUCACUGUUAAACCUCCUGCUUUUGAGACUUCGAUUACUGAAGUGUCUGUCACCAAAACAAAGGCCCCUGCUUGGGAGCAAACAACCGCAGAGACUGAAGAAGAUACAGAAAUGACUACUGAUGUGACUGAGGAGAAAAGGGAAAUGGAGGUGCUUAUGGAGAACAUUAAGUUAACCACCCUUCUACCUCAGACUGUCACAGAUGGCAAAAUAAGCCCUUACGAUACACUGGGAAGGACUGAAUAUGAUGUUUCACCUAGGCUAACAGAGAGCACAUCUGCAGCUUUGGAACUGGAGCACACUUACUCUGAAGCAGAAUUGCCCGAGGAACAAGGUAGGUCUGAAAGCACUGAGGACGCUUUCUUGACCUCUGUAAUUUUUCAGGAUAGCACAGCUGUAGCUAAGAGUUCCACUGGUUCGUGGGAAGAUAUUGAAACAGGAGACACACAAAAGCAUGAUUCUGAUAAUCAGACUGAACAAAUAGAAGUGGGUCCUGUGAUGACAGCUACAGAUAGCUUGGUACCGACUUCUCAGAGAGAGUUUCCCAGAACAGGGACUUCAGUUUCACUAACUAAAGCGAAUAUGUAUCUGAGUGCCCACUCAACAAAAGAACCCACAAAAAAAUCAAUGGAAGCAAAAUCUGACAAGAAACUCACAACUGUUGUAAUCCCUAAAGCUUUAUUCACUGAUCAGUAUGAUCUUACUACAGAGGGGGAGGGCAGAGAGAGCAUGUACACCGUUAUGCCUGAUAGAGCUACUGGUAGCGUCCCAGAGUCAGAGGUGCCUGCUGUAUCAGAGACACUCAUAGAUGAGCUUGCAGUAACCACUGGACAAUCUUCUACAGCAGAUGAGUCAACUCCAUUCAUUAAAUUUAGUUCUUCUGCAACUGCGCUUGAUAAUGAGGCAUCAGCUGAAGGAAGCAGAGAGGACUUAAAAGAUGUGCAGCACACUGUGUCAGCUGGAAUGCCUUUAUCCUUUUCUGUAUUGACUGCCAACCACACAGGAUCCAAACCCACUGCUUUCUCAGGAAGUACCGUUUCCCCGCAGAAGUUUGGAGAAGGCGUCACUUCUGUUAUUCAUUCAUCUCAGCAAACAGAAGGAUCAGAUGUUUUAGAAAAGCAGGAAAAGACAAAGGAGCCAGAAAUUAGAACAAUAGAUACUAAGGUCCCUUAUGUCACUACUGUUGUUCCUGCUUCUGUUACAGCAGAAUCUGAAGAACGUUUUGCAAGUGAGAAGUUCACACAUGCUCCUCCAGGUUCUGGCACAUGGCUGCAGACAGAUAAAGAUCAGGGUUAUAUGACAGAGGAGUCCUCUUAUACUAAGAGAAUUACUGAGUUAGAUACAGAAGACGGUAUCUCUGGAAUGGAGCCUACGUCAUCUUCAGGGCAAAUGACAGACUAUACAAAGCAUCCAGGAACUACAGUGUCAGCAGCAACAGAUGAACCUGAGACAAGCAUGGAAACAAAAAGUGAUGAAGAAACUGUAUCAGCUGAUUUUGAUCAGAGUAAAGGUACUACAGAUGUCUUCCACACAAGCGGCUCUUUAGAUUUAGAAAUGACCACAGUAUCUAAAAUAUCGGUGGAUGAAAGCAGUGCAACAAGAAUACCUUUUAGCUCCUCAAGUGGUACUGUAUUACCAAGUGCUGUGCCCACAGUCAUGGAGGUGACCGAGUACAAAGGAGAUGAAACAUCAGGGUAUGUUUUGAAAACAUCCAUUCCUACCCCAGAAGUAGAACAAACAAAGGCUACUGAGAAAUCAGUAGUGACACCUGCUGAAGAAGUCUCUAUGACAGAGGUCUCAAAACACACAGUGACAGAGGAAGGUCAGACAGGUGUUGAGACAUCGACUGAAGAGGAAUCACUGGCAACACUUCAAGACAGAGAAGGAACAACAUCAGCUGGAUUUGGAGGGACACAGGAAUCAUUUAUGUUUACAGAAGUAACAGAGGUGGAGACAAAGAAAGAACACAAUGCUUCCCUAGUUCCAGUUACUGUAGAUAGUGAGGUCAUUAGAGAUAUACAAGUUACGGAUCAGACUCCUUUUGAUGGUAGCAUUCAUACAGAAGCAACUGCAAAAGAUAGUGAAGUGUUCCCAAAGGAACUCACCACGAAAGAUCAAGAUCAAGAAACAGAUACUGCCACGGAGUCUACCUUUUCUAUGACAUCUGUCCAAAUGCAUGAACAAAAGACGACGACAGGAUCUGAAUCAUCUCAAACAACCAUUCAGGAAAAACAUGACGAAACAGGUUCAGCCUAUGAUGAGACAUAUAUAGCAACGGAAGUAUCAGUGCCAGCAGUAAAGCUCACAGAAUAUGGAAGAGUUCUGGGACCUGUUGAAACUAGCACCAGGUCCCUGCAUCCCACUGUGACUCCCCAAGCUGAGACUGCUACUGAUCAAGAAGAGAAGAUCACUGAAGAGAUGCCUGUAACAGCUGGUACACAAACAAGAACGUACGAAAGCAGAGGAACCCCCACCAUAGAAGAAGAGAGAGGUGUAGGGAGCUGGGAUUCUGUGCUGCCUCCCGAUACGAUGCCCACAGGUCGCUCUACUGCAGGAAGUGUUACUGUUCUGACUUUGGGAGCUUCUCCAAAUCAGACUCUGGAAGGUUCAGGAAUAUCAGAAGAACCAGAAGAAGUCAAACCAGUUACAUUUUCAGCUAGUGCAACAGAGAAGACAACAAUUCUCAGUGAUAUAACUACAUCUUCUAUUAGCACAGUAGGCAAAAUUCAGCCUACAUCAGCAUCCCAACCUUUUGUUUCUCAAAAGUCACCACGUAUCAUUCCUGAAGAAGAGGAGGAGGUAACCAGCAGUGACAUCGUAAUAAUUGAGGAAUCUAUUUCUCCCAGUAAAGCCACUGCUGAAGAUGAUCUGACAGGGAAGAUGGUAGAACCAGAAAUUGAUAAGGAAUAUUUCACGUCAUCAACUGCUACUGCAGUUGCACGACCUACUGCACCACCCACAGUGAAGGAGGAGGCCACAGAGGCUUUACAACCUCAAGAGGUGUCUCCUUCUACUGCACACCCUGAUAGUGGAACUGACAUAAGAUUGUAUGUUAUUCAAAUCACAGGCAAUGAUACAGAUCAUCCGGUGAAUGAACUUUUGGAUCUGUUCAGUCGCCACAUGCUUCCUCAUGCAAUAGAUGAACCCCACAUUGAUGCAGAAUCAACUCAGACUGAACCCUGUACUUCAGACUCUGUGCAGGAUUCAUCUGAAUAUAUAAUAUUGGAUCCUUUCUUUCCAAACUUUAUAGAAUUUGAAGAGGAGGAAGACUGUGAAAAUACUACUGAUGUUACAACUCCUCCAGCUUUGCAGUUCAUCAAUGGAAAGCAACAGGUGACAAGUGCACCUAAAAGCACAAAAGCUGAGGAAGCGAGAAGUGACCAAAUUGAAAGCGUUGCACAUUCCAAAAAUGUAAACUUUUCACAAAUCAAUGAAACAAACACCUUCAUAAUACCUGAAACUGAAGCUUCUGGUACAAUGCAACCAAGCAAAGCUGGGGAAGUAAUAGGGGCAUUCGAAGUUACACAACCGACAGCAGAUGUUGCAAUGUUAGAACCAGUGUAUAGUGGUGAGUCUGAAACUGCCACAACAGACAAAUCAGUAGAGAUUACUUCUGUAUAUGAGCAGUCACCACAAAAAAAUAAGGAGAGUGUAACAUGGCAUGGAACUGAGGAGAGCUCUACUAAAACUGCAAAAAACUUGCUUUUGAUUACUAGUGAAUCUUCUGGCGAUGGCUCCACUGAAUCUGAUUUGUCUAGUUCUGCAUUCACAGAAAUUGUGGCAAUGUCAAGACAGAAAGAUGAUGAGAAUGUUUCUGGUACAACUUCUGCUCCCAAUGCAUUUACCAUGGAAAGUUCUGCUGUAACUGCUGGUCUUGAUGUUGGUUUUGAUACUGCUACUGUCAGCACAGAUUUGAGAGGCUUUAUUCCAGAAGAGGAGACUUCUGCUCCAGGAAGUUAUUAUAAAUCAACUAUUAAACUUGAUGCAAAUUACCCUUUUGAAAGCCUUCUGGAAGAAACAAGUCAGACAGCAAAGCCUGAGUUAAGCGCAUCUUCGUUUAUGGUUCUAGAAGGUUCUGGGGAUGUAGAAGAGGACGCUGCUAUAACUUCAGCCAUGACAACAGAAAUGGCAAUAACAGAAACACUUCCAAUGCAAGACAUUUCCUUAGGUUCUGGCACCGUAGUGCCCACAGAAAUUUCUGUAACCAUUUCAGGACUCACCUCUGCUUUGCCUGGAGGAACAAGCAAUCUUUAUUCUACUUUUGAUCAAAGUUCUGAAGCAACUGUUCCCACCAAUUCUCUGUCUAAGCUUAUUACAGAGCAAGUAGUUGGCAACUCGGUACCAACUGAAAAUAAAAUUGAGGUAGAAAAAGAAAUACAGACUACAGUUUAUUCAAGUCAGGAAAAUUCAGCCACUAUUGCAGAGGGAAAAUCAGAAUUUAAUGAACUUGGAAGCACUACUGAUGAAGUCAGAACUGCAAGUCAGGAACCCAUCCCACUCAGAGAAACAGUACCAGUAACAGGUACCAUGCAUUCUGAAAUCAAAAAGGUUACCAGCGUUCCUUUCUUGAGAGAGAAGAAGCUUUUUAUCAAUGAAGGAUCAGCUGAAGAACCAGCAGACUUUUUAUCAGGGAGUCCCACAAGAGAAGUGGUAAGUACUGGCUCCCCAUUUACUGAUGCAGGUUCUGGAGACAUAGAUAUUAUCAUUGAGUCUGCUACUUUGAGUUCAGUUCCAUCAAGGUCUGUCACUGAAAUGCAAACAGAAAAGCAUGAAGGAAAAAUUUACAUCACAGAUGUUUCAUUGGAGAAUGAGACAGCAGAAUAUGAAGAACACGUGGGAACAGGUGAAUCAGCAAGAUCAGUUUCAAGUACUGGGUCAGAUGGCUUGACAAAGGAGUCUGGAGUAGAAAGUCAGAUGCCUCAGACUGUGUUUAGUACAGGAAAUCCAGGAGAACUAACAGAGGAAGUAGAACCAAGAGCUCCUUCUGAAAUAAAAUCUAGUCAUGGUUCUGGAGAAGAUAAAACACCUCAUGCUGCACCAGGAGUUAAAGCAAAGGAUUUAGAAACAGCUGAAGUCACAUCAUCACCAGAAUCAGUGGUUAAUAACAGCCCUCUUGACAUCAUGGUGACACACAGUACUGGAAAUAUAAAAGCAAUAGCUGAAUCUACAGAAAGCAGAAAUGGAAAAGAUAGUUCUUCAACUGGCUCUUUGGGCAAAAUUCUCCUGAUUGAGCCUGGCUCUGGAGAAGAAUUCAGAGGUGACAGCAGCACUACAAAACUAAUGUCUAAUGGACCUAAUGAAAAAGUAAUUGAAGAUCACAUCCCAUUUAUUGAUCAGGGUUCUGGAGAAGCAGAAACUUUCACUGAAUCAUUUACAAAAACAGCAGUUUCACCCACAAGGAAACAAGAAUCACGAGAGGAAUAUGGCAGAAGUGUUGUCAGCACGUCAUCUGUGGAUCAUGCAUUCACUACUGAACCUGAUGAGCCAGUCACGAGUGCUGAACAUGAAGUAACUACAAUGGGAACUGUAACUGACAUAAAAAUGGAAGAGAAAACAGUUGAUGAACUGACAGUGAGAGCUUUUACUACAAAGUUUCCUUUGUCAGAAGAUACUCGUUCAAAGGAAGAUAAGCUAUGGGAAGUUUCCCCCAAAGUGAUAGAAUCUUCUGCAGAAACGACUGAAGAUCCAUUCUUCAGAAGUACACAGGUUAACCAUGAACAUCUGGAGUUUUUAAAUGUUCCCACUGUCAGACCAUACUCAGAAGAAAAGAAACUAGAAACUGAGUCUGGUGAAAAAAUAUUUUUCCUAUUUAAUAAUGAUAGUGUAACUGAGUCUGUAACAAUUGAAAGGAAAUACGUAAGCUCUCCAAUUACAGUUACAGAGGAAAAAGAGGAGUUGGUACAAAGUAUUUUUCCUACAGAAGAUACUGCCAUAUCACUCCUGACAACUAAAGAACAAAAACUACCAAAUAAUGAUCUCAUUGGUGAUGUGUUAUUUUCGGGACAAGGAUCAGGAGAUGAGUUUACUGUUAUUCCUUCUGUAGUGCCAUUGGCUGUCAAAGAAAUCACAAGUACUGCAAGUCCUCUGCCUUUUCAUCCUGCUAAUGUAGGACCCAACCUUUCAACUGACAAAACACAAGACUUUGAAAGAGGAAGCGCUGAAAGGUAUGCUGAAGUUAAUGAAGGAAUUACAAGUUCUGCAGAAGAGCUGCUGUCAGGAACUGCAGACUCGAUGAUCACCAGUUCCCCAGCUUUAGCUGAAGACAGUUUCAAGAACUUCAGCUCUGAAGGCAAGGAGAUGACACAUUAUUUUGUUGUUAUUGAAGAACCUCACAAUAAGGAAAUGAACCACAGGAGGGGAGAAAAUGAAACAGACAGGCCAACAGCUACUUCUAAAGUUGUGUCUCAUGAGGAAACUUCACAUUUGCUGACUGAAGAUGUCAUAACUCCUGUUUCUGUAAUACUGAGUGGAACUCCUAAUCUUGAAACAGAAGAAUCACUUGCAACCUCAGCAACAAAAAUGCCAAGCAGAUUAUUACCUGAAAGCUCUGGAGAGGGAUCUGGCUGGGUUGGUGUUUCAGAUUCAUUUCCCCAUGACACAUUUACUCAUUUGUCGAUACCUCCUCUGACAAAAGUUGAACUAACUGCUUCACCUAGUGUUCCUGGAGAAGUUUAUUCUGAAGUUAUGACAACAGAGGCACCGACAGAUGGAUCACAGACUGUGAUUACAGGAUUAGCAUCCCUUUUUACAGAAGAAGAGAUUGUGGCAAAUCAAACUGCUGCUGAACCGAAGACAAUUACAUCAGAAGAACUAACAAGUGAUACUGGCAUAUAUGAGAAAAUUAUUCCAAUGGUUGAUGAUAAAAGAAAUGUUAUAUUGAAUGUUUCUGUUUAUGGUGAUAUUACACUAAUUGAAGAACGACUUGAAAUCCCAUCAGAAGAAACAACUAUUAUAGACAUGGAUCACUCCAAAUCAAUGCCAGAAGAUAUUAUAAGUGUGCAGACAAUGCCCAAUCCUGCCAUACAAUCAACAUAUGGCAGUGAUGAUAGCAUGAAAGCUGACGUGGAUAAAUAUGAUUCAACACCUAAUUUUUCUGUAAUCAAAGAAAAUUCACUUGGAACUGGUGAUAGUCAUUCUUUGACUACUUCCACCCAGCUAAGUAGUGAAUCAGUAACAUCUGGGCAGAGACCAAAAUUGGAUGACAAGGAUUUAGGUUCAGGGAAUACUGUGAAGUUUGCAACAGAAACUCUCACCACUACUGGCCUUUAUGAGAUGGGAAUUUUCCUUCCAACAGUACCCUCAUUGGUAAGCCCUCAUGUGCCUCAUGAGUCUAAAGAAUCUGAAUUUGAGACUAAACAUGUUCUGAUGACAAGCACAACAGAAGACACAUAUGAGCUGAAUACUUCAGCAAACAACCAAGUCAUAGCAGAUCAGAGUGAAACAAUGUCUAUUUCUGGGUUUUCUGGAAUGGGCCAAGAAGAACUGGAUGAUAAGAAGCUUGAGGUUCCUUCCCUUACACCAGAUUUAACUAUUGAGACUGAAAAGGCUUUGACAACUGGCACGCUUGAUGUAAGUAUUGUCACAACACAGAGUCCUUCCCAACACACAACUGUGUCAUCUAGCAGCAAUGAUGAAAAGCAUCCUACAGUAUAUAUACAAACAAAAUCAGCAUUGGCAGAGUAUGAAGAAACAGAUUCAGUGAGCCUUUAUUCUGAACCUCAAACUAAAUCCUCAGUAACUGUUCAGUUAGUUAAUGGAGUGUCUGAGUAUCCUGAGAUGAUCAUUCCAAGUACAUCAUCGUCAAAGGGCACUGAGUCUGGUCACUCAUCAGAAGGAACUUUCAAAGAGGUUAGUUCUGUUAUUGCAGCAACUUAUAAACCACCCACUACAGACCUUCUAGAUACAACAGAGGCUUCUCUGCUAGAAUUUUCUCCUAAGCCUGAAUCAGAAAGUCCAACUACUGAAAGUACUCCUCACUUUAAUAAACUUGUAACAGACAGGUCAGAGGAGACAGAUUCUUCUGUAACUGAUCUGGUUGCUGAGGAAGAAACUACUGUUUCUGGAGAUUCUUCAUCAAUACAUACCUUCCCUACUGCUUUUCUGAAUUUUGGAGAAAAAGCAAGCACAGAUGUUCCAAAUGUUAGCACCAUAAAAGUUGAAUCGUCUUCAGAGAGAGCAAACAACCCUAGUCAAGAAGGUGACAGGAGUACAGAGAGGGAGAUCCCAUGGCUUCUUUCCACACCUGUUUCAGAUUCACCUAACAGUGUAGAAGGUGGGUUAUUCAAACCUGAACAGGAAGCAGUUACAAUGCUAACUUUGUCUUCACAACCUUUGGAUAGAAGCACAGAACCACAAUCAGCUUUGCUUGGUCGAGAGGAGAUCACAACAAUUUCUUCUAACAUUGCAACAAACAAUACAGCCCCUGGAAAAAAUCCUUAUCCAAAUAAGCAGUCAACAAUAAGUUCUAAGGAGCUAAACACUCUUGAACUUGUAACUUCAUCAUUUUCCCUUCCGGAAGUCACUAAUGGAUCAGAUUUCCUGAUUGGCACGAGUGUGGGUUCAGUUGAAGGCACAGCAGUGCAAAUACCAGGACAAGAUCCAUGCAAAAGCAAUCCCUGCCUUAAUAGUGGUACCUGCUACCCACGUGGUUCAUUUUACAUCUGUACAUGUUUGCCAGGUUUCAAUGGCGAGCAGUGUGAAUUAGAUAUUGAUGAAUGCCAGUCUAACCCAUGCCGCAAUGGAGCCACGUGUAUAGAUGGCCUCAACACCUUUACUUGCCUCUGUCUGCCAAGCUAUAUAGGUGCUCUUUGUGAGCAAGACACGGAGACCUGUGAUUACGGCUGGCACAAGUUCCAAGGACAGUGCUACAAAUACUUUGCCCACCGGCGCACAUGGGACACAGCUGAAAGGGAAUGCCGUCUGCAGGGAGCCCACCUGACAAGCAUCUUGUCCCACGAGGAGCAGAUCUUUGUGAACCGUAUUGGGCAUGACUACCAGUGGAUUGGCCUCAAUGACAAAAUGUUUGAGCGUGACUUCCGCUGGACUGAUGGUAGCCCACUGCAAUAUGAGAACUGGCGACCAAACCAGCCAGACAGUUUCUUUUCUGCUGGAGAAGACUGUGUUGUUAUAAUAUGGCAUGAGAAUGGGCAGUGGAAUGAUGUUCCAUGCAAUUAUCACCUGACCUAUACCUGCAAGAAAGGAACAGUUGCCUGUGGUCAGCCUCCUGUUGUGGAAAAUGCAAAGACCUUUGGAAAGAUGAAACCUCGUUAUGAGAUCAACUCACUUAUUAGAUAUCACUGCAAAGAUGGCUUCAUCCAGCGUCAUAUUCCAACCAUCCGGUGCCAAGGGAAUGGAAGAUGGGAUAUGCCUAAAAUUACAUGCAUGAAUCCGUCCACAUACCAAAGGACUUAUUCUAAGAAAUACUACUAUAAACAUUCUUCAUCAGGAAAGGGAACAUCAUUAAAUUCAUCAAAACACUACCAUCGCUGGAUCAGGACGUGGCAGGACUCAAGGCGCUGAGUGCUAAAUGGUGAAUGGGGAUUUCCACCAUUUCAGCCAAAGUUCUAACUUUCUGUGCCUUUUCUAUCACUUAUAGGAGUAUUAUCAAAUUGUUUUGAAACUAUGGACUCCGGUAUUCACAAUGCAUUUUGCAAAAAUAUUGUGUUUAUCACAAAACAAAAAAAAUAAAAAAAUAAAAAUUAUAUAGAGGAGAAGUGCUUAUGGGGAUAAAAAGAGACCAUUUCCAGCCUAUAAUGAUUAUUAGUUUUCUAUAUGCCAUCAGUGUGGACCAUUUUAUGACAUAUACCAGCCUUCUGCAAUAUUUAAACAGCUCAAUUUUAGCACCAAUGAAAAUGUAAAUAAGAUGAUUUUAAUGUUGUUUAAUUGUGUGUUGUUUUAAAAAUCCUGUAUAUAAAAUGAAAAGUCACACUAAGUUCAGGCAUAUUUAUGGUUAGAAUGGCCUCAGAGGUCUUCAGUCAUUUGUGACAUUGUUUUUAUGUUGUUUACCUAGGCUGGAAAUGGUUGAAAUAACUUCACUGACUGAAAUUUGCUAUUACAAGGUGAAGAUAAACACACAAGUGACAUGACUUUUUCUUUUUAAUGCAAACUGUGCCAGUUACCAUCCAAGGUACAGUGUGUGUCCAUGUGAUGCAAAAUUUAGAGCACAUAAAGUGGGGAUAUAGCAUGAACUAGGGACUGCAAUGUGGAACUUUUUUUCUGCUCUCCAUUCCAGCCUCAUCAUUCAUGAGAAAGGACUGCAUGGAGGACUUGUAUAUGACAAGGAGGGCCUGUAAAAAUCCAAGUGCUAAUACAUUAACUUUAUCAACCAGGGCCACCUUUUCUGAAAGAAAGAAAAAAGAGGAAAAAAAAAAAGAAAAAAAAUGAAAAAAAAAAUGACUUUCACAACAUUAACCACAAGGUCUAUAUUACAGGUCUCUGCAUUCUAAAAUGGAGAUAGACCUAGCGUUUGGGGGAUCUUUUUUUGUAAAAAACAAACAAAAAUCAAAAAAGUAAAUAAUUUUGUAUAUAUAACCAUUUUUUAAUCUUUUUAUAAAGUAAUGAAUGUUUGUGUAUGAAUGCUGCAGCUGUGAAGCGUACAUAAAUAAAUGAAGUAAGCCAUACUGAUUUAAUUUAUUGGAUGUUAUUUUACCCAUGCAAAGAAGAUUAAAAGAGCUCGCCAGUGCAGUAUUAGCCCCUGAGCUCCACUUUUGGAACCAUCUUUUGCUAUUUUCCCAGAGAACAAAAUUCCUGCUAAACAGGAUCAUUUGUUUGUGGUUAGAUGGGUGAGAACUGUGUGACUUAUGGAAGAAUCAGGAUCUUGGCUUUCUAGGAAGAAUUGUGUGCACAAAGAGGUUUUAGGUUGUAGUUGGUGCAGUGUGUGCGUAGGAGUUUUCUAUUAUGAUUUCUUACCCUGGUCAGCGCGACAACUGACCUGGAUGUGUAUAGUAAGUGUAGAAGGUAAUGUUUGAACGGACUUCUCCACAUAAAGGAUUGUGUCUGGUUAUUUCUGCAAAGUUCCCUGCACGUCUUUGGACACAGGAAAAGAAAUAAAUAAUAAAAGAUAAAUAAAGUAAGUUCCCUAGGAUACAUAUGUACAACUUUCAAAAUAACACUGCAAAUACAAACAGAGUUGGGAGGCUUAUGCCUCUGUGUUAGUGUGGGGAUAUGAUGCAAGAAGUUGAAAAGGAAAGGAAAAGAAUUGAAAACCCAGCCAACAUGUACAAGUUUGUCCCAGGCAGAACUGCCCAUGAGGCGACCUUGCCAUGGUUUAUUGGGAACAUUGAUUACAGUCCCAGGCAACAUCUCUUAAAAAAUUGCAGUGACUGCUCCACCAUGGAUACCCAGUCUUUGUGCGUUCAACAUGGCAAUGCGUCACUGCGUUGGCCGGUUCAUUCCCCACCCCUACCCCCAAACAAUGCACAUAAUACUUUUCUCUAUUUAUAUUAUCUUGUAUAGUGUAUAAUGUGAAUGUCUGUUUUUUGUGAAUGAAAGUCUAAAAUCUUUGUAACUUUUAUAUCUGCUUCUGUUUCACCAAAGAAACAAGGUUUUGCUAUACUGUGACUUGUCUUGUUAUUGCAUGUCUUCCUGUUUAAAUCUAUGCAAUGUGAUUUUUUUCAUAUGAAUACGGUUAGACUGUCAGGUACUUCACAGUUAUCAUGGGCUUAGUCAAUUGCCCACUGGAGUCAGAGAGUCAGCUGGCUGAACUUUAGUAGGUGCUGGAUUUGACUUUAUAUGAGCAACUGUAGGAGAUUUGGAGUAAUAUUUUAAGAUAUACGGUAUAUGUUUUGAAGUCGAAUUUUGCUUGUAUAAGUCAAGGCUCUGCUCAUAAGUAUACAGUAUUCCGCACAUCACUUCCUUGUACCAGAAGCAUACAGAACAGAAAAUAUAUUUUAACACUUUACAAACUUUCUCACCGUAUGUAUAAAAAACCCUGCAUAGAUUUGUUGUUUUCUUGUCUUCUUGUUGGAUUUAAACAAUGUUGUAAGGCAUUCACAUAACAUUGUGAUUGUAGUUUAAGUAGAUUAGGUGCAGUGCUUAUAUUGAUUUUUUUCACCUCCUUCUAUUACGCAUAAUAAAAUAGGACUGACAACAUUCCUUAUUAAAAAAAAAAAAAAAA